AUGAACUGCGACAUCUGCCAGCGCGGCCAUCACCCAGCCAAACUCCCCUUUCUCUGCGUGGUCGACGCGCGAAAUGCCCUGUACCCCGGGCGUAUCAGCCAUGCGCAGGUUCUCAUAGAAUCCGAAACGCUCGAAAGCCGCAUCAACAAACUGCUGUCCGAUGGCGAUGGCUCCUCGUCCGGCGCCCGUGCGGAAGCACAAGAUCUUCGUAUACAUGUCGAGAACUGCGCAUCCAAGGAGGCCAUAGCACGCGAGAGGACCGAGCAAAUCAUCGCGUCCGCGGACAAGCUGCGCCAGGAGAUCGAUAUGGCCAAGAAACAGAUCCAAGAACGUCGGGCCAAGAUUGCGCGGCAGAGGACCGAUCUCGCUGCAGCAAGUAGCGGGGUCGACGCGCGGCGGAAGCGUGAACUGGAAGAGACCAAGAAAACGAUCCGGAUGACCAAAUACAGCUGGGACCGAGAAUAUGAAGGACUGACACAGUAUCGCGCGGCCCUCUGCCUCGAGGUUGCCAAGCUAUAUAGGCUCCAACGUGUCAAGCGUGGUGGUCCACUUCGGUACGACUACAGAAUAGGAGGCAUCGACAUCGUGGAUCUACACCAACUCAACAGCGCACAACCAGAGCUCAUCUCGGCUUCCCUCGGCCACAUCAGCCAUCUGCUGUGGCUCACUUCUCAUUAUCUCGCCAUUCGCCUACCUGCCGAGCUCACACUGCCACAUAAUGACUACCCCCGGCCAACCAUAUUCUCACUGGUGUCAUCGUAUCAUCACGGUAAUGUCGCCUUCCCGGGCUCAUCCCCGCUCCCGCCAGACCCGCUAGACCGGCAGUUCCAGCAUGUGCCACACCCGCGACCGCUAUACAUAGAUCGACCGCUCGCGGCCUUGAUGAAAGAGGAUCCGUCAGCUUUCAACUCAUUCAUAGAGGCCGUAUCCCUCUUAGCAUACGAUAUAGUGUGGCUCUGCCGGACACAAGGGGUGCCGGUCGCCGACAGUCUCGAGGACUUUGCCAGCAUUGGCAGGAACAUGUACAACCUGCUCAUCAACUCUUCGAUGCACCGUGGCAGCCAGCAGCAACCUCUGAGCCCGCCCGACGCCAGCACCGGCGACAGCCCUGAGCAACAGCACGCGGAUCUGGCCAAGACGGCACCGCGCAUGGGCUUAUACUCGCACGGCACGAUGCACACCUCGCUCGCCACAGCGGCAGGCAACAAGCUCACCAGGUCCUUCGCCAUGGUGAACCCCAUCAAGCUCGCGGACCAGCUGAAGGCCAAGCUCGCGCAUGAAAUGUACCCCACGGCCGAGUGGGAGCUCGUGCAGAACGACGGCUUUGUCCCAGAAGGCCUCGAGGACGCAGUCAUGGUUGGCGGAACCCCGCCGACCUCUACUCACCUGGGCUCCGGCGGCGAGUCGGGGGGCGCUCGGUACGGCCUCGAGAGCUUCAUGAGCGUGCAAAAUACUGGCGCAGGAGCAUCCGUAGCCCCACCGCGGGAAAAGAGUCACGGGUGGACAAAGAUCAGGGCCAGGACUCCUGGGUAG